AUGAACAUACAACACAUCGCACGAAGUAAGACAGCCAAAACCGCUGCUUUCUCUACCCUAUUUUCUGUAUUCAAGAUUCUAAUGCUGGUUCGUGAGUUAAAAAUGGACUUGAGAACAAUGAUUUUGGGGCAUUUUUUGGUGAUUUCUUUGGCUUUGAAUGUGGGAUUCUUGUACAGAGAUUACUGCAAGGGGAAUCGCCAUUAUCAAGAAUUUUUCGGCUCCAAAAAUGAGUGCAAAAAUGCUUCUGUGACUCUUCUUGAAGCAUCACCACAGCCAUUUUCAUCUUCUUCGUCUUCAAAAGCUUUUGAUGGGAUUAUCGAUCUUGAUCAUGGAGAUCCGACAAUGUACGAGAAAUAUUGGCAGCAGAUGGGGGACAAAGCUACAGUUGUGAUUAAUGGCUGGCAAUUCAUAAGUUAUUUUUCUGAUGUUAGAAAAGUUUGCUGGUUUUUAGAGCCGGAAUUUGCAAACGCGAUUAUUAGGUUGCACAAAUUAGUCGGAAAUGCUAUUACUGAAGACCGAUACAUUGUUGUUGGGACGGGUUCUACACAACUCUUCCAGGCCUUGCUGUAUGCUGUCUCUCCACCGAAUUCUUCCGAGCCAAUCAGUGUGGUGUCUGCUGCACCAUUUUACUCGUCAUACCCAUUGAUUACAGACUUUCUGAAGUCUGGACUACAUAAAUGGGCAGGCGAUGCCUACACGUUUAACAAAGACGAGCCUUAUAUUGAACUAGUGACGUCCCCAAAUAAUCCCGAUGGCUUUCCAAGACAAGCUGUAGUCAAUCAAAAGCAAGGAAUACUGAUUCAUGAUUUUGCUUACUACUGGCCACAGUACAUUCCAAUCUCUUCUCCUGCAGAUCAUGAUAUCAUGUUAUUUACUGUCUCUAAGAGCACUGGCCAUGCUGGAUCACGCACCGGUUGGGCUCUUGUCAAAGAUAUAGAGAUUGCGAAGAAAAUGACUGAAUUUAUCGUGCUUAGCACCAUAGGCGUGUCCAAAGACUCUCAAAUUCGUGCAGCAAAAAUCUUGCAAGUUGUAUCCGAUAGCCACCAAUAUAAAGGCGACUUCAAGGAAGGUCAAGCCUUCUUUGAACGUAACUAUAGCCACAUGGCAAGGAGGUGGAAACAACUUAGAGAUGCCGUGAAUAUGAGCAAGCUCUUUAGUUUGCCGGACUUCCCAACUAGCUCGUGCACCUUUAGUGGCCACACUUUUGGAUCACAACCCGCUUUUGCUUGGCUCAAAUGUGAAGGAGAGAUCGAUGAUUGUGAAAGCUUUCUUCGUGGUCACAAGAUAUUAACAAGGGGUGGAAAGCAUUUUGGCAGUAGUGAAAAGUACGUUAGAAUCAGCAUGUUACCUCGUGAUGAAACGUUUAAUCAAUUUACUGAGAGAUUGUCUAGUAUUAGUUCAUCGUAG